ACAGCAGCCACAAGUCAGAGAGCCGGGUUCCUCUCUGUGAGCGUCAGGUAGCUCCAUAUACGGAUUGGAGAGGCACUUCACAGCCACUCUGGCACUGUAUCUGCUAGGGCGCACAGAGGGGCAGUGCCAUGCACACUCCUGAUCAUGUGCUGCUUUUGAACGGAGGGAACCAGUCACUGGUUUUAACUAAUGACUUAACGAUGGAAACACCUGAGAACAACACCGUGCCUCCAAACGGAUCCGAUCCGUUUGCGCGAAACGAGGAGGUAGCCCAAAUCGAGAUAAUGGUCCUGUGCAUCACCUUUGUGGUCGCUGUGAUUGGGAACGUGAGCGUCCUGGUGGCUAUGUACAACACUAAGAAGAAGAUGUCACGGAUGCAUCUUUUCAUCAAACACCUCAGCCUGGCUGACCUGGUGGUCGCCUUCUUCCAGGUGCUGCCGCAGCUCUGCUGGAAGAUCACAUACCGCUUCUACGGCACAGACUCUCUCUGUAGGAUCGUCAAGCACCUGCAGGUGACGGGGAUGUAUGCGUCCACGUAUAUGAUGGUGAUGAUGACUCUGGACCGUUACAUUGCAAUCUGCCACCCUCUGAAAACCCUCCAGCAGCCCACCAAGCGUUCCUACAUCAUGAUAAUCUCCACAUGGAUAUGCAGCCUGGUGCUCAGCACUCCACAGUACUUCAUCUUCUCCCUGAGCGAGAUCAAGAACGGAUCGGACGUCCGCGACUGCUGGGCGCACUUUAUCGAGCCUUGGGGUGCCACAGCGUACAUCACCUGGAUAACAGUGGGCAUCUUCCUCGUGCCCGUGAUCAUUCUCAUGAUGUGCUACGGGUUCAUCUGCCACAGCAUUUGGAAAAAUAUCAAAUACAAGAAACGGAAAACGAUACCUGGUGCCGCCGGCAAGAACAACAUGAUUGGGAAGAGUUCAGUCAGCAGUGUUACGACUAUUUCAAGAGCCAAACUGAGGACUGUUAAAAUGACUUUUGUCAUCGUUCUGGCGUACAUUAUUUGCUGGGCGCCGUUUUUCACAGUUCAGAUGUGGUCCGUGUGGGAUAAAAACUUCCAGUGGGCUGAUUCUGAGAACACAGCAGUGACUCUGUCUGCGCUGCUUGCCAGUCUCAACAGCUGCUGCAACCCAUGGAUAUACAUGAUCUUCAGCGGUCACCUCCUCCAGGAUUUUGUGCACUGCUUCUCCUGCUGCCUCAGAAUUAACACUGACUUCAAGAAGGAGGACUCAGACAGCAGCCUCCGCAGAACAACCUUGUUGACUAAGAUGACCAAUCGGAGCCCUACGGGGAGUUCAGGCAACUGGGGAGAGCUGGACAAUUCUCCAAAGACCUCUAUUCAGGCAGAGUAAACACACAGAGCCAGGCCACUCUGUUUACAGGGGUGGGGAUUUUAAACAUAUCCGGCAGUGGCAUCAAGGUACACAUAAAAUAUCAACUCACGUUAAGUUUGGGCAUGACAGGCAGUGAUUGAAAUGCCACCCAAACUCCAAAACUAUAAAGAAAAAAAAAAUCUUCUUGCAUGAAAACACAAAGAAAUGAGGUGUAGGCUGAGAAGGACAAGAAAGAUAGAUGCUUAACCUGAGACGUGUUGCUGGACUUUGUGUGCAAAAAUGUUACUUUUCACAUAACCUCAGAUAAAAUAUUAGAAAAUCGUCGGGAAAGGUAGUGGCUUUACUUGUAAUUUAUGAUGUUUUUAUAUCCUUGCAAUUGUUUGUGAAAGCGCUAGAUGCUGUCAGUUAUGGGUUUUACAUCAAUCUUUAAGAAUUCAGUUUGUAAAAUUUGAAAAUUCGACAGUCCCAAGUAGUCGAACAGAUUUUUAUUUUGGAACCUCGACUUGAUUCUUUUGACAUUUUUAGUAGAAAAGCACCCAGGAACACAGAUGCUUUUACCAGCGGUUACUUCUCCCUGCUGUGUCAUCAAACACCCUUUCCUGCUAGAGUGUUUACGGAAAUGAAACAGCAGCCAGGAGGUGAAAACAUCUCUUUCCAGACAGCGCAUCUCUUAAGUAACCAAAGGAGUCGACUCCUCUUUUGUGCUUUUCUUUCUCUGAAUUACAUUUUGGCGGCCUAGGGAGGAAAAAAAGAUCACAAAAAGGAAAAAAUAAUGGGUUUACGGCUGAGGUCAAUCAGGCUUUUGUAUUUAUCCGCAUUUCUUUUCAUAUUAGAGCAGACACUUCUUCCCUAAAGAGUUGCUUUCAUGUGCGUUGUGUGUUCAGGCGCACAGUGUGCGGGGUGACGGGCUUUUUCUUUUUUUUUUUGAUGAAGAGAGAUUGGCCACAGCUGGAGGAGCCUACCUACUGACCCACAGUUCCCUCCCAUGGCUUUCCACAAAAUGUUGGGGAGAAGCUCACACAUUCCACACACACAUACGUCAAUGCACUUCCU